UGCGUGCUGACAUGUCUUCACUCAAGUUGACACUGCUGCUGGCCUUGCUGGGCUUCACUCUCAUAACGUCAGUUGCCCCUGACUCUUCAUCGUCUGAGGAAUCAGACGAAGAAGAAGCUGAAGAAGGAGACGAAGAAGAAUCCGAAGGAGGCGAAGAAGAAUCCGAAGGAGAAGAAAAUGAAGAGAAUGAAAGUGAAAAUGAGAUGACAGUGAGGGACUACUAUAACAUCUGCAGGAACAGCACCUGUUUCACAUCAGUCGUCUGCGACGGUCACACUCAGAUGAUCAACUGUUCCCGGAAUGCAACUAUCGAGGUACUUUUGGCCACUUACGGCCGUUUGGGGAAGACGUUUUGCUGGAAUGCAAGUCUGGAGGCCACCAAUCAAAACAUAAACUGCACGAACUACGUCACAAGUCUUUUCACUGAAAGCUGUGAGGAUAAGUCCAUAUGUCAAAUCAUGUCAGCCAACAUCACUCUGACUAACGACCGCUGUAAUGGCACAAAUAAGUACCUAUGGGUUGGAUACAAGUGUGUCUGACAGAAUCGCUAGCCAAGAUGACGAGAUUGACCAUUUCCAUUUGUCCAUGCAACACAAAUAUGUACGCACUGUUGGUACCUUCAGAGCGAAAUAAAUC